UACCAGUUGAGAAUAGAUAGUUUGAAAGUGGUAUUGCAAGAGAAAUUAUAGGAGCAGUAGAAAAGAGAUUAUGAAGAUUUUUCUAGUUCUAGCUUUAAGUUAUAUAGUAAGUACUGAUUGUCAGCAAGAUCCAAUUGAAGAUGCUUGUGAACAAAAUGGAGAUCUCAGACUAGCACAUAACAAAGGAGACAACUAUGGGGCACUACAAAUCUGUGACUCUCAGUAUGGAUGGACAUACAUCACUCCAGCAGGUUGGACACAAGCAGCUGCUAGACUGGCCUGCAGGAAACUAAAUCUUGGCUAUAAUAUGAACGCUGCAUCAGGAAGUUUGAGGUUGUCUAGUGAUGUAUACAUAUUUAGAAUACGACAAGCUGACUGUGUUGAGGAUCAAUGCAAAUUAUAUAACUGCAUUGAGUACGAGGCGCAGAAACAAACUGCUGCUGUGACAAUUAACUGUAUUGAUUGCACUGAUGGAGCCAUGAGACUAGUGGGUGGGUCCACAGUCAGUGAAGGCAGACUAGAGAUAUGCCACAAUGGUCAAUGGGGGACAAUAUGCAACCAGGGAUGGACAGAUAGAAGAGCUGCUCAAGUGUGCAGUAGACUAGGGCUACCAACCUACAAUGCUACACUACACCAAUUCAAUGGAGGAGCUGGUUCAGUAUACACAUACAACUGCACAACAAUAGACAGUGAUAUUUCUAACUGUAUCCAAGAGUCUUCUUGUGCCCACUCAAUGGAUGCAGGAGUGAAGUGUCUUCCUUUCACUGAUGCUUGUGCAGUUCCCGUCGACAAAGUAAUUGCGACUAGUGGGACAUCAGGAGCACUCAUUGGUCUAUUGGCAGCUGCUCUAGUGGUGGUUGUCACUGGAUGGAUUGUGUCGUGUGUUUACUUUCAGAGGAAAAUAAACAAGAAAUGUAAAGACCACACCCACACAACAGCUGCCUCUACGAGUGACCGCACCCUCCAACUCAACAACCCAGUGUAUGAUGGUAGCACCACUGUCCCACACACCACGUACAGCUCUCAUAGACCCUCCUAUGAGGUCAUUGACACUAACGAGGGGGCGGGACACAGUUAUGAUGUCAUGAAUCACAUGGGUGCAAAUAGACCACACCCACCUACCACACCCCCUGUGUCUAACGAGGAGUACAGUACGCUAGACACCAGCAGAGAGAAUGAGUAUCACACACUAGAGAGCAAUACUGGAGAUGGCCAAUAUUCAAUGGUUGGACGCACUGAUCCCCAAGAUUACGAGGUGCCCGCCCCCCCUCAGGGGGAAGAGUACUCUACACUGAAGCAUUGAUAGCCUAAGUACUGACUUAACAAGACACACUCAACUAUGAACAGUAUACAUAAAAUUAUGUGCUUUUCUUUACGUGUAACAUUAACAGUUUAUUUGCUAAACUCAAGAGUAUUUGUAUCACUAAAUAAACCCACAAAAAAUGUUAUUAAUUAUGUUU